GCGCCUUAUGUGUAUGUCAAAUACAGUUUUUGCAUUAGACUUUUCUGAUCUAGUGAAGAAGGUACCAACACAACAUAUUAAUCGUUUUUUGCCACAUAUUUUUGUAAACCAACGGACUUUGGAUUAGUAUAUAGUAGCACUUGAGAAAUCACUCUAAUAUGGUGAAUCCGCAGUUCAAUUUUCGUUGGCCAUCAAAUAGUUUAACAUUGCACUCAUAGGCUCUACAAAAUAGUCGGUCGACCUUAGUCACCAUACACUAUAUACUGUGGUUAAUUAAAAAGAAACAGUAAAUACAAAGACAGCUCGAAAUAAUCUAAAUAACCAUAGAUUUUAUUGAUUUGAACUCACUAUUCGUCCAUUCCCAUCAGUUAGGUAUUGAUAGAUUUUAGUUUUAUGCAUUCUGUUUAAAAAUUAUAUAUUUUAUUUUCAAUACAUAUAUAUAUAUAUAUAUAUAUAAAAUUAUCACCACGACCAAAAAAAUGGAGUUAACCUAAUCAUGUAGUUACGCAAAAAUGGAGUUAACCUAAUAACAUGUUUACCUUAGGACCGAUAAAAGCCUAGAAUAUUUGGGCUUAAGCCCACAUUUAAAUAAAACUGAAUACGAUCUUUUCUAACGUCUGUCAUUUUCAUUUUAAAUAUUUAAAAGUCCAUGUGUUUCGGCUUUAUGAAAAAAACUCCCUCUAAAAAAUUGUUUCCCUCCAAAAAAAUGUCGAAUAUUUCAAAACCCUUUACGCUUCACAAAUCUUCUCCCACAAUUCUCUUCCAUUCUUCAACCUCUGCGUCUCUGUUAUAUAUACACCAUCGACAAACUAUUCAUCAUCCCUACCCAAAACCACAAGCAAGUUUAAGCCUUUCUCCUCCUCACUCACUUGCUAUGGCGACACUCAAAGCUUCCGUUUUGCUCAGUGACAUCUCCAAAGAUGAGGGACAUCUCGGAUCCGGUGCCAUUCAUGUCAUCACGGGUCCUAUGUUUUCCGGGAAAUCCACAUCUCUCCUCCGCCGAAUCAAGACAGAGAUCAGUGUCGGAAGAAGUGUUGCGAUGGUGAAGUCGAGUAAGGAUACGAGAUACGCCAAGGAUUCAGUGGUGACGCAUGAUGGGAUUGGAUUCCCUUGCUGGGCUCUUCCAGAUCUCAUGUCGUUUCCUGAGAGAUUCGGACAAGAUGCUUACGACAAACUUGAUGUGAUUGGUAUUGAUGAAGCUCAGUUUUUUGGAGAUCUUUAUGAGUUUUGCUGCAAAGUCGCUGAUGUUGAUGGCAAAACUGUUAUUGUUGCAGGCCUUGAUGGUGACUAUCUAAGGAGGAGAUUUGGUGCUAUUCUUGAUAUUAUACCAAUAGCUGAUUCUGUGACGAAGCUAACUGCGAGGUGUGAGGUUUGUGGGCAGAAAGGUUUCUUCACUCUGAGGAAGACUUGUGACACCAGAACCGAGCUGAUCGGUGGAGCUGAUGUCUAUAUGCCGGUCUGUCGUAAGCAUUAUGUCAAUAAUCAAAUUGUCAUCAAUGCUUCAAAGAAAGUGUUGGGUUCUGAGAAGGCAAGAGCUGAAACUUGUGUGAAGACAAUUGCUGAUAUGAUCUAACUAUGACUUGCUGUGGAACAAAUUAAACAUAUAAUAUAGUGAGAUUUUCUGUCUGCUUUUACUUGUCUUUGAAAACCUCUUAUGAUGUUUCUUGUAUAUGAAUAUAAAUGUUUUAUGAUUCCUCUAUAGCUAGCUUCUGUUUCA